UCUCUCUCUCUCUUCACAUGACUCGUCCUUACAGAUUUCUUGACGCCGUAAACUCGACGGCGAGCACUGCCACCACUACUUUGGAAUCGUCGGAACAACCGGCUACGUUGGACUCAGAUUUCUUGGUGAUACUGGCUGCACUUCUAUGCGCUCUUAUAUGCGUUCUGGGACUCAUAGCUGUGGCGCGCUGCGCCUGGCUUAGACGGCUUUCUUCCACGGCCAACUCCAGGUCUCCGAAUCCAUCUCCGCUCCCCCUUCCUUCAGCUGCAAACAAAGGUCUGAAGAAGAAGAUCCUCCAGUCCCUCCCUAAACAGACCUUCUCCCCCGAUUCUGCUGCCAAAUUCACCGAUUGCUCAAUUUGUUUGACGGAAUUCUCAACCGGUGACGAAAUCCGAGUAUUGCCUCAUUGUGGUCACGGAUUCCACGUGAACUGUAUCGACAUGUGGCUAGGGUCCCACUCAUCCUGCCCAUCAUGCCGUCAGAUUUUGGUGGUGGCCAGGUGUCAGAAGUGUGGCGGUUUGCCGGCUAGUUCGAGCGGCGGAGCUGAAACGGAGGCUAGACUGAAAGAGAGGGAAGACGACGCCAAUAGGUACUGAGGUUGAGUUCAUUUUUUAUGCUCAAGAGAGAGCAAUUUGUUUGCUGGGCAUUUUCUUCUAUCCUCUUGGAAGGGAGUUGCUAGUAGUGACCCAUUUUUGUCUUGUAUUGUAGCUGGUUAAUUCUUCUCUGAAACUAGACCAUUUUCUUUGGAUGCAUGCAUACACUGCCCAUUAACAUGAAGUGAUGCAAUUGAGUUUAUUUUUAA